AUGGGAAAGAAGGAGGGGACUUCUGUUUUGGAUGCUGAAGAAAAGUAUAGGCAAAUCAAAAUGAAGGCUUAUUUAGACUAUUCUUCUUUGCAAUACAUUUUGCUAUAUCGAGAAAAAAUUGCUGGUGGAAAAGUUCAGAGUUUUUGUUGUAUAUUUGUUAUUGCUUUCGUCCUCUUUUUUUCGUUCAAUUUUUCUCCAUUAGAAAGCUUUGAUGCUUUACAGAUUGGUGCAGUUGUCGUUGAUACUGAUGAUGUUGUUGGUGGUGUCGGUGUUGUUGUUGGUUGUUGUGUUUGA